AUGUCGCUAAGCAACCACCCCAAAGCCUAUGGCUCGGCCGCCAUUGUCGUCGCCUUUUCGGCAGGCAUUCUCGUGACACUCGGCUUCAAGGAUUUUUAUCCCGACCUCGAGCGUCGCUAUCAGCGCCACCGCCGCGCCGUCCGCCGUCGCAACACCAGCUCGUCGACCUCCAAGGAUGAGGCCUCGCGCCGCGCUCCGUCUUUUGGGGCCCGCCCGUCCAGCUAG